AACCAAUAAUGGCUGCCGUGGUUCAUGGAUGCAGCAGUCCGCGUCAGCGAUCCUGUAAUGGGAGUAGCUCCCCGGGAGGUCACCAUGGUUCGACGACCUCCUCCGCCUAUCCCACGAUGCCCAAAUACUCGAGGACAGCCAGUCAAACGCUGUACGCCACCAGUCAGCAGAUUUUCGGAGGCGGCGGCGGAGGAGGAAUGCAGGAUGUGGGCUAUGGCUAUGGGAUGUCAACCUCCUCGGGAGGCCAGCGACCUCUUUCCGCCUCCGCACUGCCGGAAACGGCGGCUGCCAGUCGCAACUAUUGGGGUCACCACAACGCCUUCUAUCACACGGGCAGCAGGCAUUACAGCAAGCGAAAGUCCGCUGUGGAGUUGCUGGCUGAAAGUAAACCCUUUUAUAUAAAAUCCGAGGCGGUCUUUGAGCGACUGCAGCAGGCGAGUUACCGCAAUGGAGGCGGGAACAAUGGAGUUAGCGGGAAAAGGGGACGUAGACCGGAGGAAACCCAUGGUUAUCAUCAUGAUCUCGAGGAUCGAAGGUAUAUGAGCCUGAAUCUCAGUCGACAGCAGCAAGUGCAACAGCAGGUGCAACAGCAGCAGCAGCAGCAGCAACAGCAGGCGCAACAGCAGUAUCUGCACAACCACCACGCCCACCCCUCCCAUCAGCACCACCCGCACUCCCGUCACUCGCAAGGCCAAGGUCAAGGUCGCACCGGUGGAGGGGGCGGCGGAGGCGGAGGAGGAGGAGGGGCAGCGGUGAACAACAACCUACUGCAGCACAAGCUGCGCAUGCUACUGGGAUCGGAGACCUCGAAGGAGCGAAAUGGAGGCGGAGGCGGCACCUUGAGGCGCCACGAGAUGAACGACGGCAGUGCGGAGCUGCUGCCCACGGAUUAUGGCGAGGAUGAGGGUCAGGCGGGCGCUUUGAAGAUUCCCCCGCCCCUCUACAUGCCCGCCCAUGGUUUUGGAAGGGACGGCGAGGAACCCUUGGUUCUCACCGAGAACUAUCGACCCAUCAGCCCGCCAGCCGAAUAUGCGGCCAAGUCGGGACAGGCUCACAACGAUCGCUACAGAUACAACUACCAGCGAUCGUACUCGCACUCACACGAGGUUCCCAACACGGGUGAGGAUCGCAGUGCUCCCUAUCCCGCCGGCGACUUCAACAUCAAUAGCCACAAGUCGCUGCCCGAUCUGCACACGCAGAUAAGUCGUCACUCGCCGCACAGCGAGAUCCUCAGUUGUUGCAGUCGUGGCAACAGAUCGAUCAAGUCCGCAGGAGAGUCCUCGAUAAACCGGGAUUCCGGCGGAAGUUCCGGUCACUACACCCAUCGCAGUGAACCCUGCUACAAGAGGGAGCGACAGAGGGACUUGGCCGGAAGUGGAGCUCCGGCGAGCGGAACAAUCAAGAACUGCUGCACUUUGGUGGCGGCCACUCGAAGGGACAGUGGUUCCUCCACUCAGCACUCGGCGAAUUCCUACUGUGGCUAUGUCACCCCAGCUGGGGAUUAUUCGGGCAUGAGUCGCAAUACCGAGUGCUUGGAUUGCCGUUGCAAACAGGACACUGGAAUGGGUUCGGAUUAUUUACUGAACUUUACGCCCACUCCCGAGGUUCCGGAGGCCUUUCAGGACGACUACACCCCCACUCCCCCAUCGCCGAGGUUGAAAACCCAGACUCCUCGCUACUCGAGCUCCUCCAGCCAGCAGCUGCACACCAGUUCGCAGGGCUACACGAGCAUCAAUCACUCGCAGAGCUCCCUGGUCCAGAGCCCCGGAUCGGCGCCUUCCGUGGACGACAUCAGUCCACCGCCCAUCCAGUUCAAGAGGCAGCGGUGCAUCCGCUUCAAGAACCGGAAUCGACUGCCAGUUCAAGGAGAAAUGGGAGGACCAGUAUCAGGAGGUGGAGGCCUAGUACCGCCAGGAUCUGGAGGAAUGGCCACGGCCAGCGGAGUCCUGGCUGCGUACAAACAGCAUCGAGGCAGUGUGGACCACGAGAACGUCUUCUUCCCCAAGGGUUUCUCCUCGGAGGUUUACCACAACAGCUUGGACAUGGAGAGGGAGGCGCUGAAUGCCAGCAUUUCGGAGCUGGAGAAAUUCUUCGAUCGUCUGGGGCUGAACGACGAGGCCUUCCACGAGAUCUACAGCCAGCCGAGGAGACAUCACUCGGAGACGGAUGACGCCUCGGAUGAUUCCAGCACCGUUUUCUUUUCGGAUGUCAGCACUGUGGACUCGAUGCGAUUGCCGGAUAGCACGGAAACCCAGCCGCAGGCCACGCAGGCUUAUAGACCCUCGGAACCGCCGUCGAUUGUCGAACGGAAUGCCAGGAUCAUCAAGUGGCUUUGCAACUGCAAGAAGAUGCAGUGCACCUGAGGAUCGCCGGGGCAGUGCAGCUGCGGUUUCUCAUUUGGAUUCGCACGCUGAACGCUCCACUGAUCUAUUGAUUCUACUCUCGACCACCCCGUUUAAAAAAUAACACGACUGCUGAUUAAUGCAAAAAACACUGAUCACCGAUGGGUGGGUGGUUCUU